CCGUCGGUCGUUCCUUCGUCUGUCAUUACCGCCUCCGUCGGUCGUUCCUUCCGCUGUCAUUGCCGCCAUCGACGGCCGCCGCCUUCGGCUCGCGAAGGCCGGCUAGCAAAGCUGCACGGCCAGCAACGCCAUUGAGCUUGAGUCCGCGUCGUCUCAGUCAGUCGGCGGCAUGUCGAAGCGGCCGGGCGCGACCAAGAAGAGGCUGAAGCGCGGCCUCUGGUCGCCCGAGGAGGACGAGAAGCUCAUGAACCACGUUGCCCAGUACGGCUACGGCUGCUGGAGCUCUGUCGCCAAGAUUGCAGGCCUUGAGAGGUGCGGGAAGAGCUGCAGGCUGAGGUGGAUGCACUACCUGACGCCGGACCGAGGGGGCCCCUUCUCGCAGGGGGAGGAGGACCUCAUCAUCCACCUCCACUCCAUCCGCGGCAACAAGUGGUCUCAGAUCGCCGCGCAGCUGCCCGGGCGCACCGACAACGAGGUCAAGAACUUCUGGAACUCCAUCAUCAAGAAGAAGCUCCGCCAGCGCCGCAUCGACCCUGCCAUCCACAAGCCGCUCGCUCACGCCGGCGCUGCCGCUGCCGCCACGCCCGUCAGCCGCACCGCCGUAUUCAGCGAGGCCGAGCUGAUACUGUCGUCGCCCGUGGGGACGCAGCCCAUGCCGCCGCUGGUGUCGGCGGAGAGCUACGUGUACAGCCGGGGCAGCAUGGACGGCGCUGGCGGUGCGCACGCCGCGUUGGGCGGGUGCAGCGACGACGGCUCCCUGUCGUCGCUGUCGGGGUACAACAACAACCAGACGGCGGACUUCGCCGGGUACCUGGACGCGGACGCGCUGCACGGCGCGGUGAUCCCGUCGGUGUGGAGCUCCAGCACGCUGAACUGGAUGGCGGGCGUGAGCCCGGGCGGCGCGGUCAACACCAACGCCACCACGCACGAGCCGUGCUGCAACAACAACAACCCGAGCAACAGGGGCAGCGGGUUCGAGUCGUCAAUGACGCAGAGCAGCAGCAACCACCACCUGCCAGAUCAAUGAGGACAGGCAUCAAGCAUGACACCGUCUUAAAGCGAGAAGAACCUAGGACCACCUUCUUUAUUAGGUAGAUCGGCAGGCCCUCACGCGGCCACCGCUGGCUCCUGAUCUGUAAACCGGAGAUCUCAGCCGGUACCAACGUUUUUAAUUUCGGAAACAAACUAAUUUCGGACCUCA